AUGUCGCCCCAGACGGCCUCGCCGCACGCCUCGCAGCAGGGGGCUCGGCAAGCGCAGCCGCCCUCCUCGGGCACCUUCGACGCCGCCUUCUCGUCGCCUUCCUCGCUGGCGCCCGGCAGCCUGCCCUCGUCUCCCACCGCCUGCCUGCUAGUGCUGGGAGCAGGAACCGGAGCGGCCGGCGCCUCGCCUCCGCGCAAGCAGGCAAAAGCAGGCAGCCGUCGGGGCCGCGGCAAAAGCAAAGGCGACGCGCCGGGGCUGAGUAAGGCCAAGCGCAGCCGGCGCAUGAAAGCCAACGACCGCGAGCGGAACCGGAUGCACAACCUCAACUCGGCGCUGGACGCCUUGCGCGGCGUCUUGCCCACCUUCCCCGACGACGCCAAGCUGACCAAGAUCGAGACGCUGCGCUUCGCCCACAACUACAUCUGGGCUCUCACCGAGACGCUCCGCCUGGCCGACCAGAGCGUGCUGCCCGGCCCCGGCCCCGACGACGCGCUGCCCUCCGGCCCCGACGGCUGGCCCGGCCCUUGGGACGCGCUCUACUCGCCCGCCUCUCAGGAGGGCAGCCUCAGCCCGACGGACUCGCUCCAGGACGGCCGCCCGUGGCAGGCUCCCGCAGGCCCGGCCGCCCUCAGCCAGGCGCUCGCCCAGCGCAGCCUUCCCGGCCUUCGCCUGAGCGGCCGCUUCUCCUUCGCCGCGGGCCUUGGCCACCAACUCUAG